AUGGUCAGACGGCGCCCCAAGCCAGCCGAUCCACUCGUUCGACCAAAGAAACGACCUAUUCCACGACCUACUGCUCCUGGCCAGCCUCAGCCCCAGGGUCAGCCUCAGGGAUAUAUGCAAGGUCAGGUCAGGCCUACAACCGCAAAUGGGACGUCGACCCUUCCGCUGCAGCCUCCACGACAUCAACCUCCGGCGAGCACGCUUCCACAACCAAAACCUAUCCCCAGCGCUGACGAUCUCACUACCAACGGCUUCAGCGGUCCGUUGCUCUCUGAAACGUACUCGGACUACCCGCUAGUUACAACAAAACGUGCGCUCAGAGAAGGAUUAAGGCACCACAUCGCAAAGCUCAUAUCAAAGAAAAGCGUGGACCCCAGGGAUGAAUCUCAAUUUACACGCCCCGUAAGGUUACAGCGACGAGAUCCAAGAGCUACAACCACCUCUCCAGCAGGAAAUGAGAAGGAAGAUGCAAAUCCCCGACGAGGGUUCCGUGACCCUUACGCUGGUCUGACUGAGGCCGAACGCCAGGAGAUGGAAGCUAAGAAAGAAGCACGGGCUAAAGAACGUGAGGAUAACCUGGCGCAGAUUGCUCCCUCCGUCAAUUCAGGACCCAAGAAAGUGAACGCCCCUAAGCAGCGGACACAGCAAGUAUUCAAAUCUAUCAUCACACCAGAGGAGGCCGCAAAGUCUCAGAUUAAAUAUGAGGAGGCCUUACCUUGGCAUCUGGAAGAUUUUGAUAAUAAAAAUAUUUGGGUUGGCAAGUAUGAGGCUGCCAUGUCAGAGACAUACGCCACAUUUGUUUUGGAGCGCAGCGGGAAGAUGCGAAUGAUACCCAUCGAUAAAUGGUACAAAUUUACUGCCAAAAAUCAGUUCAAGGUCUUGACCAUUGAAGAGGCAGAGAAGCAUAUGGCCAGGAAGAUUAGAGACCCCCGAUGGUUCAUGGAAAAGGAACAAGCACGAGCCCAAGAGAGAGAGCUUCAAAGAUAUGCCAGACAGCGAAAAAUCUAUACUGGGCAGUCUCGAAACGCUCCAGUCACUGAUCGUUUCGAAGGCGACGAUAUGGACUUCGACGAAGAUAGAUUUGCAGAUGACGAGGAACAUGUUGGGCUGUUUGAUGAUGAUGAAGAUGCCAAAACUGCAGAAAAGCGUAUCAAACAAGACCAGCUAAAGGCAAACAUCUUUGAUCUCAAAGAUGAAAAGGACUAUGAUGAAGAGGAGCACCUAGAGAAGAAACAAAAGGAAGAUCUCAAAAGCUUUGGCAAACAGGUUCGAAAGGCGUUGCAGCGACGCGAGAAGAAUUUUGAUUACAGUAGCGGAUCUGAUGCAAACCCUUAUUCUGAUGAUGAGAGUACGGAUGAGUCCGAACUAGAGCGCCAAAAGGAGGAGCAGAAAAAGUCGGAAGAAGACCCCAAGCGAAAAGAUAACCAGGCUGACAAACCUUCGGGGACAUCUACCAAAGGCACCAAUACCCCGUCUGGGCGCCCUAAGCAUACUGACCCGCUGAAGAGAGCACAAGCUGCCGCUCGCAAACGUCCUGGAUCCCCAAACCUCUCCGACGCCAGUGGCACAGAUUCCUCCCGAAAGAAACCGAAGAACAAGCAUCUUUCUGCCCAAAUCUCCAAUUCUCAGCCUACCUCUAGACCUAUUUCUCCUGUUCCCCAAGCGCAGAGAAAGAGCUCUGGUACUGCUAACGCAAACGAUGCCACGUCCAGCACUGCUCAAACCGCUGCCGGUGCAAAGAAGCGUAUCCGCACUGUUCCAGGCAAGGCUGGAUCUGCAAGUGAUGUUGAAAAAGCCGCCAACUCUGGUGCUGAAAUGAGUGAUAGUACUAUGGCAAAGAGAAUGAAGCUUAACGUUCCAGGUGCCAAGUCAAAGACCGGAACUCCAAUUGGUUCUCGUGCUGGAAGCCCUACUCCUGCUGGCAAAGCUGUGACCGGUAGCCGGGCCAGCAGCCCCGAGAGUUCUCGUGGCAUUUCUACUCCCUCUGGUUCCGGAUCUCGACGAGGGUCGGUCUCGGGUGCCAACCCUGGUGCCGGGGCUCCCCCACCCGCCUCUUUCCCAACUGCUUCUGAAAUUCACGCUGCUAUUCCUGCAAACGGAAUCUUGAGCAACGAUCUCCUCCGUAUGUUUCGAUCGCGCCUCGGAAACUCCAGAGAGAACCAUCGUAGGUUCAUUGGGAUCGUCAAGGAUGUUUCUGUCUUUGGAAAGGAGGACAAGCUGUUGCGACCUGGUGUUAUCAAAGAAGCUUGA